UUCAAGAGUGUAUGACGUCUGUUUAUUUGUAUUGUGUAUUUAUAUUGUAUAUAAAUCAGAAAACACAAAAUUGUAUCGAUAAAACGAAUUAAAAUUUAAUUUAUUUUCUUUAAAGUAUUAUAUUAUUAUGAGAUAUAAUCCAUAAGAUAUUGAUUACUUAAUAAUAAUUACUAGAGAUGAUAUUUCACAAAAGAAGGCAUAACAUUCGAUUUCAUUUGUUUUGAAAUUGAUAUUUAAGUGUUCGAAACUGUGGUAUUAAAUUGAAAAAGAUGGCUCCUCAACGGAAAGUAACAAUGAAACAACUUGACAUCUUGGUUAAAUACUUCGAAUCACAUAAACAUUUAGUAGGUAAAUCAAGAACUCAAACAAUUGCAAAUAAUAUGAUUGCACAAGAAAAAUGGCUAGCAGUAAGCAAGAUAUUAAAUGCUGUAAAAGGAGGUGCUGUUCGGACUCCAGAGCAGUGGAGACGGUAUUUUACAGAAUGGACAAGUAAAUGUCGUAAAAAGGCUAAUAUUGCACUCAAAAGCGGUGAAAAAAAAAUGACAUUAAAUAAUAUAGAAAUAAGACUCUUGCAAAUAGUUGGAAACGUUGGAGUAACAGUAAGCUCAAAAUCUUCAUCAGAAUCAAGUGAAACUGAUAAUUUGAAAGAAGAUAAUAGUAUGGAUAUUAAAACUGAAUAUUCUGAAGUUGAAUUGGUUUUUGCUGAAGAUUAUAAUACAGAGGAAAUAAGAAACAGUUCCAAUCGUAAUAAACAAACAGAUGCAGCAGUUAAAGAUAUAAAUUUGCAUGAGCAACAAAAUGAGAAAUCAUAUGUGACUCCACCGCCUCAAUGGGCCUUAGAUUUAGAAGAACGGAGAGUAAAUUCACAAGAGAGAAUGGCUGAUGCCUUACAAUCAAUAGCAAGUACUCUCCGUAGUCAGGAAGAAAGGAGAAACUUGCUUGAUAAAAAAAUUGUAAAUAGUCUCACUGCCAUAACAGACAAAAUACAAGAACUUACCAGUGGUAUCCAAUUUGUAUUGCAAGAUAUAGAGGAGUGCAAGCAUGCAAUAAAGAAGAUGCCACAAUGAAAGAAGUUAUUAUUUCAAUGUUGAUUUCAACUCUACUGAAAAUAAUACCAGGUUUCAUCUACACCACUUUGAUGGCGUAAGAUCUUUCACAGUCCGCUUCUCUUAGUAUUUCUAUUUGCGAAAUAGUGAGCUGUGAAAUCAGCUUGGAGACGGACUUUCAUAGGAGAUACAACUGCAACAACAGGCGAGCAAGGCACUAACAUGGGUGUGCAAAGGUGUGCCUUUUAUGCCUGCUUUGUGAGCUCGUCUGCCCCGUAUCAUAUAAAGUUUUAAAAUAAAGGAAUUGUUAAUCUGUAAUGUAAAAAGAUAUUGCGUAAAAAUUGAAAACUUUGAGCCUGACAUCUCGCAAACGUGAUGAGCCUGAUGAACUUAGGUGUAAGACUUCGUCUCUGACUUCAGAGAAUGUUCUAGAACCAAAAAUGGAGGCCGUGGGUCAGUCUUAGAAGCUUGAUACUUGCCUAUUAAGAAAAAUAUUAAAGAAACAGAAAUAAGAUCAAGGCGAAAGGGUUGUGGCGCCACUAGUCUAAUAGAUGGAAAAGAGAAAGUUAACAUUAGUGUUAAAGGGUCUUAGAUUGAAGUAGUGUAA